AUGAAAAAGAGAAGUACAUUAAGUACUAGCUAUGGGCGCUUGAAGGGGCGUGUAAGUCGCUAUGAUAUGAAUAAUUCAUUUAAUUUAAAUGAACAUAAAAAUAAUAAAAACAAUAUAGUAGAAGAAAUGAAAGAUUAUAAAACUGAUGAGAUAUCACAGGAUAAUAUAAAUAAUAAUAAUAUAAAUAAUAUAAAUAAUAAUAAUAAUAAUGCUCUUGUAAAUACUUCCAACAAUAUUCAUAACAACAUGAAUCAUGCAAAUAAUAUAAAUAAUACAAACAACAAUAUAAAUAAUGGCACUUACCAUAAUAAUAAUAAUAAUAAUAAAUAUAAUAAUAAAAAUUCUUUUGCUUAUGAUUAUAAUACAUACCAUACAAAAAAGAAUUCUGAUCAGAAAGGUAAAUUAAAAAAUGAAAGUGAAAAUAUAAACACAGAUGUGAACAAUAAUAUGAUAAAGAUGAACUCAAGUAAUGGUAGUAACAAUAUAUUAAAUGACCUUAACAGUAGUAUGAAUAAUUUAAACAUUCUAAAGGAUAAUAAUAUAUCAAAUAUGAAUAAUAUAUCUCAUGUUAAUAACAUAUCAAAUAUGAAUAAUAUAUCUCAUGUUAAUAACAUAUCUCAUAUGAAUAAUAUGAUUCAUAUGAACAAUAUGAUUCAUAUGAAUAAUAUGAUAAAUAUAAAUAAUAGGAAUGGUUCAAACAACCCAGCUAUAUACAAUCUGAAAAGUUUGAAAGACAUGCAGGCAGAAAAUCAGAAAGAAAAAAAGAAGGUCAAUGAAGAAAAUAUAAAAAUUGAAAAUGAAGAAAAUAAUUUAAUAGAAACACAAAAUAAAGCUGAAAUUCAAAAUCAAAAUGAAAAAGAACAGGAAGAUGUAGAUGUAAAUGUAAAUGUAGAUGUAGAAGUAGAGGAAGAGGAAGGUAUGAAAUUAUUAAGAGAAAAGAUAUGCUUUAAAAUGUUAAAGAGCAUAGAUAUAUAUAUCACUGAAAUAAUUAUGAAAUCUUGUUUUGUCACCGUAUAUAAGAUGAAAGAUGAUGAAUUAAAAUGGAAAAGAGCAGAUAUUGAAGGGUUUUUAUAUAUAGUGAAAAGAUCAAUAAAACCAUAUUAUCGUUUAAUAAUUACAAAUAAAAAAAAUGAAAAACAUUUAUUACAAGAUAUUGAUAGCAAUAUGAAUUUGUCUACAGAUCAAAAUUAUAUUUUUUAUAGAAUUAUAAAUGAAGAAACCAAUACGAGAAAUAUUUAUAGUCUAUGGUUUUAUAGUACUGAUGAAAAAGAGCAAAUAUAUAAAGUAUUAAAAAAUAUUGUAGAAAAGGCAUAUCAAGAAAAGACAAUAACUCAAGAAAAUACAAAUAAUAUGUCAAAUGGUAAUAAUAAUAUGUCAAAUGGUAAUAAUAAUAUGUCAAAUAUUAAUAAUAAUAGAAAUAGUGUAUUAACCAAUAUAGGAUCUAUUAAAAAUGAAAAUAUAACUAUGGAUGAGAAAUUAGAAAUGAUAUCAGAACAGAUGAGAAAAAUGUCUGUAAGACCAGAAAAAAAUGAAUCUCUUAAAAAUUUACAAAAUGUAUUUGUAGAAGAUAAUAACCAUAUGGCAAAUACUAAUUUUAUGAAGAAAUCAAGUAUAGAAACAAACUUUAUAACUCCUAAUAUAAUAAAUAAUAAUAAUCGAAUAAAUCAAAUAAAUAAUAUAACAACCUUGAAGAAUAUGAAAUAUAAUAAGAUUCCUUCUAUCAACAAGGCGGAUUAUAAUGUAGAAAAUGAUAAGGAACAAAUAUUAGAACUAAUAAAAAACAAAAAUGAUAUUGAAUAUAUGAAAAGGAAAAUAAUGAAUGCUACAGAAAAUGCAGCUCCAGAUGUAUACCUAAAUAAUUACCACACUGGUGUUAUAAAUAAUAUGAAUAAUAUGAAUAGUAUGAAUAAUAUGAAUAGUAUAAAUAAUAUGAAUAAUAUUAACAAUAUGAAUAAUAUAAAUAAUGUUAAUAGUUUACAUUCUUUAAGUAACAGUAAUAAUAGCAAUGCUAAUAUAAAACAUAUGACCACAAACAGAGGAACAAACAAUGAUACACAAAAGAAUUCAUUAGAAGAUGUUCAAGAUAUCAGAUAUAAUAAUAAUAAUAAUAAUAAUUUGUAUAAUCAAAAUAUGAAUGUGGAUGUUAAAAAAGAUGAAAAAGCAGGUAGAAAAUUACUUUAUCUUAUUAAAGGUUUGUCAAUGGAACACGAUAAAAAUUCAGAACAAAAAAUAAUAUUGAAAGACGAAAUAAAUAAUAAUAAUAAUAAUAAUAAUAAUAAUAAUAUAUUAAACAAAAGUUAUAUAGAGGAUAAUAAAAUUAAUAUAUCAUCUAAUGAUACUAAUGCAAAGAAAGGAGGUGAAGCUAUCAUGAGCUUAUUAGGACUGAAUAAAAAUGUUGAUACAAAAAUUGAUGAUGAUAAGAAAAAAAACAAAAAGAAAAAAAAAAAUAAUUCUAUAAAUAGUUUAUUGAGUGUUCAUAAUAAUGUGGUAGAUAAUAAUAAUGAUAACAUGAUUGAUAAUAAUAAUAAUAAUAUUAAUGACAAUAUUAUUGAUAAUAAUAAUAUGAUUGAUAGUAAUAAUUUUUAUAGUAGUAAUAAUAAUGUUGAUAAAAAUGCAGUGAAUAUUAUUAAUCUUAAGAACGCUCAAGAAAAUAUAAAUCAAAAUAAUAUGAACAACAAUAAUUGUAAACAAAAAGAAAGUGUUAUUGGAAGCAUGCAGAAUUAUGAGAAUGUCUUAAAUAAUAAUAGUUCUUUUAAAUAUUCUAAAAAUAUAAAUAAAUAUGAGAAUGAUGAUAUGAUCAAUUUGUAUAAUAACACGGAUAAUCAGACAUUAGCUAUGUCAAAUGAAGGAGAGGAAAAACAAAUGACAACAGCCUUGUUGAAUAUUAUAAAAAUGAAAUCAAAUAAUAUGAGUGGUGUAAAUAAUAUGAAUGGAUUAAAUAAUAUGAGUGGUGUAAAUAAUAUGAGUGGUGUAAAUAAUAUGAAUGGGUUAAAUAAUAUGAGUGGUGUAAAUAAUAUGAAUGGGUUAAAUAAUAUGAAUGGGUUAAAUAAUAUGAAUGGAUUAAAUAACAUAAAUAGAAAUAGCAAUAAUAAUAUAGAAAGUAAUAUGUUUAAUACUUAUAAUACCAAUUCAUAUAACGUUCUAUUGAAAAUGAAGAAUGAAAUAGAAAAGGAUGAAAAAAAAAUUAUUAAUAUGAUCGACAAUAAUAAUAAUAAUAAUAAUAAUAACUACAAUGGUAAUAAUAAGUCAAGUUUUUAUAAUAAUAAUAUAUAUAGUUCUUACAAUAAUGGAUCUGUUUUAGAAGAUACAAAUCAAAUCAUCAAGUAUGAAAAAAAUAAUAAUAUAAAUACAAACUCUAGCAAUUCUAAAAAUAAAAGUAUAACGAUAAAUAAAAAUGCCAUACAUAAUAUAAUUAAAGAAAUAUUACAAUCUGAUGAAUUUGUAGAUUUGUUGUGGAAAAAAUUAACAAACAAUCAGCACCUUUCUUAA